CUAGAAUGCACUCGACUUUUGACUAAAAAAGCAUUGUCAGUUAUAAUGAAAAACUUGUUUAUAAAUACUCUAAAAUCGAUUAACAAUCUUGACCCUCUAUUAGAUGCCAAAAGCUUUUAGUUAAUAUUUUUCCAUUCAGGAAUUCUUCUGUAUUUACAAAGAGUAGACAGUACUUCCAUCUAGCGUGAAGAAAAACACAUCCUUCCCAAUGGAACAGACGAAGAAUCUUCUAUGAAAAGGAUAAUCGUGAUAAUUAUAUAUUUGGAGUGGAUCUAUUCUGCCAAAAAUGUGAAUUGGCUCGGUUUUGAACAAUAAUUAAUUGUUGCUGAAUUGAUUCUGGAAUUUUCAGGUGUUGCUACUAAGAUUUGCAUCAUUAUCUCUAUUUGUGUUAUGGUUACCACCUCUGAUUUCCCCACUGUUACUGCUUUCAGCUACCUUGUAGCAGCUGUUGGAUUACAGAUCAUAUGGAGCCUUGCACUUGCUAUAGCUGAUGUAUAUGCAAUAUUUGUGAAAAGAAGUUAUAGAAAUGCAGCAGUUGUCAUUCUAUUUGCCGUUGGUGAUGGGAUCACUUCUACUCUUACAUUUGCUGCCACCUGUGCAUCAGCUGGAAUUACAGUUCUUAUUAGCAAUGAUCUUGACAAAUGUAAAGUGAACCACUGCACGAGAUUUAUGUCAGCUACAACAAUGGCAUUUUUAAGCUGGUUUGCAGCAUCACCAUCCUUUUUCGUGAAUUUUUGGUUUCUGGCUUCCCCAUAGAUGCAGUUCUGUACGCCUGCAAAAGGGACUAGGGGAAGGCUCUUACUCUGCCUGUGCAGUGUUUCUAUUUGCAGUAAGGCCACCUUAACUGCUCUUAUUUGUAUAUCACUGUAUUACUGCUUGACAUAUUUAAUGAGGAAGAAUCCUCUUUGUUUACAAAGUUGAUGUAGAACUAUUUCAAAUAUUUGGCUCGAUAUCGCUUUCAACAUUAUAAUAGAUCUGCAAGUUUGGGUGACUAAAAAAAAGGCUUUAGUAAUAAUAAACACAAUAUUCUUA